UUUGUGCCUUAAACAUGAGCGCGACAACAGUAUUCCUUUUUGCAGCCCUUUGUGUUUCCGCCGUGGCUGAGGCGCCCCUCUGGGAACUUACCCCGAUUCCUCCAGUCGAGGUCUCUGGUGAAGGACCUCCUCCUCCUGAGUCUUCCGAAGGACCUCCUCUUUCUGACCAGCGCAUCGUGGGAGGCAAUGAGGCAGAGCCGUACAAGCGCGGGUACCAGGCUGCUUUGACAUCAGGAAAAGGUUUCUGUGGGGGUGUUGUCAUCAGUAAACUGUUUGUCCUGACAGCUGCCCACUGCAUACCAGGCAAUAGGAAUGAGCAAAUGAAUGUAACUGUAGGCAUACACGAUCUAAAGGUGAAGGAGAAAUUUACCCAGCGGAUUCCCGUUGCAAAAGCAUUCGUUCAUCCGGACUAUUACAGUGGACGCCAGGGCCCAAUUAAUGACAUUGCUGUCCUAAAACUAGAACAGGAAAUUAAGAUGACUGAUAAAGUUUUUCCUCUCAAAUUGCCGACUCAUCCAGUGAAAGCAGAUACGCCUGUGGUGGUCACCGGUUGGGGAAGAACCAUGUCGGAAGAUAAUAAAAGGCUGACUACUCUCCAAGAAAUAGUUACCCGGAUCAUGACUGCUCAGAGAUGUAAGCAGCAGGUUCCGUUCGCGGGCGAAAGCAUAUUCUGCACACAUGCAACGAAUGUUAGCCCCUGUAAUGGCGACUCAGGGGGUCCAGCGAUGCACGAAGGAUAUCUCGUGGGCCUCGUUUCCUUCGGUGCGAGGGGUUGUACCACAAACAUCCCUCAAGGAUUUACUAGUGUUUAUUAUCAUCUCAAAUGGAUCGAGCGCGCAAUGCACCCUAAUUACACGGAUCUCAAUGGAUGCGGUAUUUUGGAUCUGUCUUUAGUACUUAUUGUAUUGGCUCAACUAUUUCUGUACCGGAUAUAGGGGUGUUUAUAUUUAUUCUGUUCACCAAUGCAUCCUUUGUGUGUUUAUUAACUAAAUAUACAUAGUCGAUAAAUAUUUUUAAUCCUUUCCCUGAUACGUUCGUCAUUCGGCGACUGCACUGAGGGCUUGUUACGUGCGUCGAUGUACGCACGUAAAAAAAAUGCUCUAUAAAACCUAGCUCAUUUACUGGAUUGUUGCAUGGCUCUGCAUGGACAAAGCCCUUGUUGUAGGGGACAAAAUCAUUAUAUUUUUUUGUAGAUACCCAUCAAUGUAUUUCAAAAUGUAUUAGAAAAACUCACAUGCAAAUAAGCAGUACGAUUACUGCUUCAUUUCGUAAGAUUUGGCAACUCAAGAUGAGCCGCAUCUAUACUGUCAAUCAAACCUGACCUCAGUAGGCAGUGUCACCUUUCUUAGGUAGCGCUCAGCCGCGCGCGACCUUA